AGUUCAUGAGAUGGAUGAAAUCAUAGUUUGUUUUCAGCUUUUGCAGCGUCAAUCACAUGCUGAUUCACCACAAGGGUGCUGAACAAGCAUCUUUUUAGUAGGUUGGAAUGAAGAAUUUGUUUUACAUUUAAGUCUGGAGGGACCAUCAGAAUGAACACCAGCCUUCAUCACAAAGGCUUACCCCUGCCCAGCCGCAACCAGAGCUUCGCCGGAGCAAGCCCUCACAUCCCCCACUCAUCCUCCUCUUCCUCCACCUCCUCCUCUUCGUCAUCGCCUGGCUGCUACAAGCAGCUUCUGAUCCCCACGGAGGUGUUCCUCAGUCUGGGAGUGGUGAGCCUGCUGGAGAACAUCCUGGUGAUCACGGCCGUACUUAAGAACAAGAACCUCCAGUCACCCAUGUACUUCUUCAUCUGCAGCCUGGCCGCCGCAGACAUGCUGGUCAGCCUCUCCAACGCCACGGAGACUGUUGCCAUGGCUAUCAUCAACGGGGGCAGCCUGGGAAGGAUCGGUGCUGGUGUCGUGAAGAGCAUGGACAAUAUCUUUGACUCGAUGAUCUGCAGCUCUCUGCUGGCGUCCAUCUGCAGCCUCCUGGCCAUCGCGGUCGACCGCUACGUGACCAUCUUCUACGCGCUCCGUUACCACAACAUCAUGACCACCCACCGAGCCGCAGCCGUCAUCACGGCCAUUUGGGGCUUCUGUGUUGUGGCCGGCGUCUUGUUCAUCGUGCACUCUGAGAGCGCCACAGUGCUGGUGUGCCUCAUCACCAUGUUCCUGGCUAUGUUGGUGCUGAUGGCGUCCCUCUAUGUCCACAUGUUCAUGUUGGCACGCCUGCACAUGAAGAGAAUCGCUGUGCUGCCCGGCCACAGGCCAGUCUGGCAGGCAGCCAACAUGAAGGGAGCUGUCACGCUGACCAUCCUCCUGGGAGUCUUCAUCGUCUGCUGGGCGCCCUUCUUCCUGCACCUCAUCCUGAUGAUCUCCUGUCCAAGGAACCCAUACUGCGUCUGCUUCAUGUCCCACUUCAAUCUCUACCUGAUCCUGAUCAUGUGCAACUCUGUCAUAGACCCCCUGAUCUACGCCUUCAGGAGCCAGGAGAUGAGGAAGACGUUCAGGGAGAUGAUCUGCUGCUGCUGCUGUGGCCUGGCCUCGCUGUCAGGGUGUGAACUGCCUAGCAAAUACUGACGCUGUGUGUGUGUGUGUGUGUGUGUUGAUGUCUCAGAACGGUCUGUUGCUACUUUUGGCACACACUUUGUAUCAUCUCCCUGGUUGUUGCUGUGUGUUAUA